CUGGUUUUGUAAGUAGUCGGCAGCCAUGAAAACCACUAGGCUAAACUGCUUGAAAAAAUGGAAAACAGAUUAUGUUCGGAUAUAUCUAUAGGUUUACGAAGUCUUAUAAAAAGUUUAUAGCCUGAACUUUCCUUGUUAGAAUUGUAGUAUUUGACCUCACAAUUUUUGUGUUAGUUAUUUCUUCUUCAUUUUUUCCAUCAUCUCCUUCAGUUUAUCUCCAGUUUUUCUUCAUCUUCAUUUCAUUUCAUCAGCUCAAUUUGUCUAUGUCUGUCAACUCUCCUCAUUUCUGAUAUUAUUCUUUUUCCCCCCGAAUACACUCACACAUAGUUUUUGGUAAAUAGCGGCCGGGAUGUCCGUCGCUCUGUGUCUCUUUUACACUCACUGUUCUUUCGUGUGUUCUUCAUUUUCACCCGAUUUCUCCUCCGUUUGGAGAGGAGACGUCGAAAAAAAGAAGAAGAAGAUGAAGAAGAAGAUUCUUCUUCACUUUUUGUCCCUUGCCUUCACCAGUUUUUCUUUUCGUUUUUUUCGUUCUUUUUUUGUUGGCUGAGUUUCUCUCAUCUCAUAAUUUUUCUUUUGUUUUCCAGAAUUCGGAACAAAAUUCGAAACUUGGAAAUGAAUGAAACUACACAUCAAAACGGGUUUUCUUCAAAGGAUUUAUUGAAUCUUGAUGAUAAACAAAAAGCUCUACUCGAACAAUUUUUGAUUCAGGCAAAUUGUGAGUUUUUUUGGGUUUUGGGUUACUGUAAUUUCUGAGUUUUGGUUGAAGUCCACAGUUUUUAGUACUUUUUUGCGUUUAAUAUGAGUUGAAAUUUUUGGGUCUCGAUAGGAAAAUCAGUACUGUAGAUCAAUUUUGCGCAUUGUCCAACUUUCAAGUCUAAACCCAAAAAUCUUGUUUAAUAUGAGCAAUGUCUGAAUUUUGGAAGUUGAAGUUCAAAGUUCCACUUCAGUUAAAGUAUUUUUAUCCAUAAAAAAUCCAAAUAUCUCUAGUUGAUAAAAAAAAUGAGAAAAAAUUUCAAAAAAUUCUGGAUAGACCCCUUAUGAGCUUGUUUUUCAGCAUCGAUGCAAGUGAAAAAUGGUAUUGAUGACAUAGCUUCUCGCCUCAAAAAUGGUUCAUCAAGUGGUGGAAAUUUGAUAGCUGGAUCAAUUGCUUCAUCCUCAACAAAUUCGCCAAAAGAACCUCAAUUCAUAUCGAAUAAUUCCCCAAAUAUGAAUCUGAAUUGUGUUGAAUGUGGUGUCAAAAAAUCAACAUCUGAAGAUAUGGAAACACAUCUAAAAACAGAACAUCUGAAUUGGUUACCAUUUCAAUGUCCAAUUUGUUUGGUUGAAAGAGCAAGUGAUGCACAAAUGAGAGAACAUUUACAUGCGACACACAAUAAAAAUAUGAACAAAUUCAUUUAUGUGGAUAAUGUUGGUGCAAAAAGACAACUGCAAAUACUCAUGGACAAAUGUUUUGCAAGAAAUGUGGCGAAAAGGAUAAACGCGUCGCCGAAUUCACCGAAAACUUGUCGCGGAUCGAAUCAAUCAUCUGGAAGAAAUACGGCAACUUCAAAUGAUUCGACUCCUUCGAUUAAGGAAAAAGAGAAACAGCAGGCACAAGUUGCAGCGGAUUUUUUGAAACUUCUCGAUUUCUCUGUCUCCGACAUUGCUACACCAAAAUCAAAACAAAAUGGGACAAGUCGAGGACACAAACGGCCAUUUGAUUCGAUUCCUUCUGGAAGUGCAACUGUUGAUAUUGUUCCAGUUUCUGAUGCAACUUUGGAUGGAAUUGUUGCAAAAGCAUCGAAAAUCAAUGGGGAAAAUGAAGAAAAUGAAUUACAACGUGAGUUUUGAACAAACAAUAGAUUUUUAAUAACAUUUUAUUUUUAGCAACAUUUUCAUUGGAUGAUUUGAACUUGGAUGGAAAUUCAGCACUUGCAUCGCUUUUUGGAGCAAAUAACAAAUUGAAUCUUGAUGAUUUGUCAAAUGAGCAAAAUGAUGCAUUUGAUGAUCCGCUCGAUGCUUUGAACCCAAUGUAAGUUUUGAAUCAGGUUAGACAGCUAUUUCAGACCACCCACGAAGCUACGGAGAUUAUGAGCAAUAAAGAACUGAAAAAAAUAUGAGAUAUAACCGAACUAUUUCGGUGGCCGAGUUUCAUUCAUCAAAAUUUGAACAUUUUAAAAGUGCUCACAAUCUCCGUUGCCAGGUCAUUCAGGCGCAUUUCCAACUGAUUAGCUUCCUUUAAAUACAAUAAAUUAUUCCAGCUCUGUUCUCGAUAAUGUUGCUGCUCUUUUCGGAUCAACCCCAAACACCAUCGAAUCAUCGGAAACAAAAAAGAUAACUUCAAGCGUUUCCAAAAAACGUGUACUUGGUGAAUGCAGCAAAUGCCAGAAACCAGUUACUGCCGGCGCAAGACAAAUGCAUAUGUUUUUCCAUUUGGCGAAAGAUGAGAAUGUAAGAAUUUUACUCUGAAGUUACCCGAAAUUCCAAAGUCUCAAUUUUUCCAGAUCUAUCGCUUUAAAUGUAAACACGAAGGAUGUACAAUUGAACAUUAUAGAAAAGAUCAAAUGGAAAAUCAUCAAUCAAAAAUGCACGGAAGAAUUGAUCCAGAUAUGAUGGAAGAUCGAUCUUUGGAACUUUUUCAAAAAUGUCAGGUAAGCUUUUUUUAUUUUCUUCAUUUUUUGUUUUUAAAUGUUUCCGCACAAAUCAGAAAAUAGUCGCACCUUAACCUAUUUUGAAAAAACAUUCUCCAAGUACGGUAUUCCUCUGCGUCACUAACAAGGGGUCUCGCAGCGACUCAGGAACACCGUACUUGGGAAGAGUGCCAAAUUUUUUUACUCCAAUAAUAUUGGUGGUGGUGAUAAUAAGUUUUAUAUGUGUAUUCACUACAUUUUUCAAGUCACACCCUCACCACAUUUGCAGGAAUUGAAUCAUGAAUUAUUUGUUGCUCAUCGUGCCGGCGGAGCAUCGCGCUCAAAUCUUUUAUCCUGGUCACCAGAUUUACAGGUUGGUGUUGUGAUGUGAUUUCAUUUCUGCAUGACGUUGUUGUUGUCUUUUUGCACGUUGUGAUAUGUUAUUUAUCCUGCUUUAAACCAUUUUUUCCCUGGUGUGAAAUUAACAUUUUUUUCCUUUUAGGAUCUGAGCAUGGAACUAUUGGGCACAAAAAAUGGCACGAUUCCGGGUCCAACUGCGGCAAAAGCUGAAAUUGCGUAUGCGGCACAACAAUUGGCAAAUGCGAAAAAGGUUUGUCAUGGUUUGGUGUGCGCGGGAUUUCGGAAGUCAUAUUGAUUUUUUUCUAAAAAAAAAAUCAAGUAACAAUGUUUUCCCUUUGUUAACUCUACCUUUUGAUUGAUUAAAAAAACAAACAAAAUUCGGGCCGAUUUCAGAAUGCAAAUAAAGCUGCAAAAUCGUCAUCGAUCUCCACUUCUGCUUCAUCAAACAAUGUGUCAACAAACGGUACGGAUUUCAAAAUUACAGUAGGAUUGCUAUAAUUUUAGAGAAUAUUGUUUUGUGUCGUUUCAAAAUUUGAACCGAAAAAGUUAGAAAUUCGAAUCAUGGUGCGUGGAUUUAUCAAAAAAGGUCUAAAAAAUUGAAUACUAACAUUUUUUGUUGAUUUUUUUCAUUUGGGUGGGUGCCUGUCUAAUAAUUUUCGGGCUUUAUUUUUCCCAUUGUCUAUUCAACACGCUUCAUCUCCCCAAUGUUACUGAAAAUUUUUGGUAGAUCAAAAACAAUAAGAGCUACAGUAAUCUCAAAUCCUUCGGAACUCUUUUGAUCGUUUGUAUUGAAAGAGGAAAAAUUUGGUUUUCUAGGCCAUAUAAGUUCUCUUCCAUCUGAUAAUCCAUAUCGCGCUAUGAGACUCGAAACAAACUUUCAUAAGUUCAAAUUUUGAAACGACAGAUUUCCUAAAUGUUGUGUUGUGCAUUAUUUGUUUCCGGUCACAUUUUGCGAUUUUUUCUUGUUAUUGUCCUCAAUUUUCCUUCUGGGUCCAACAGGUUGUGUUAAAAACUUUUUGUUUUUUUUUCUGAAUUUGAAUUUUAUUUUUGAUAAAUCCAUGUACUAUGAAUUUGAAUUUUUAAUCUGGAAGAUGUUAGUUAAUUUUGAGAUUAUGUAAAGAAAAAGAAAUAUUCAAAAAAAAUUCAGGGUUUCUUCCAUUGAAACUUGUUCCCGAUGAAGAUCAUCCACUUCAAUGUCGAUUAUGCGGAAAAACAAUGCAAAAUCGAAUCCGUGGAUUUCAUAUUUUAUGGCAUAUGGCUAAAGAUAAAGGAAUCAAUCGAUAUACUUGUAAACAGUGUGAUUUUGGACACGAUCGUUCUCAAUCUGUGCAAGUUCAUGGAAAAAAAGAGCACGGUUCAGAUGAUUGUGUUGAAGAUCGAAUUGGAGAAUAUCAGGAUGAUGUGAAAGAAAUGAGUGAAGCUUGUUUUGGUAUUUCAUCAUUGUUUGCGCAAGAAAGCAAAAGGAAAAAUAAAAUACCAGCUGCCAAUGUUCAGGUGAGAAAAACAAACCAAUUUUAGAAAGUUUAAGAAGUCUAAAAAUUUGAAAUUUUGUGCUGAAAACAAUGAAAAUUGCUGAAAAUUAAUAAUUUCAGCAUUUUCAGCACAAAAUUCUGAUCUUGAAAAAUAUUUUUCACAGUAAUCCGUUUGAUCCAAAUUUUUGGCACAAUUUUUGCUCUUGAAGAGUUACUAGCCUCAAAUUUUGUGCUGAAAAUGCUGAAAUUUUUGAUUUUCCAGCACUUUUAACUAAUUUCAUCAUUUUCAGCACAAAAUUUGAGCCCAGAAACUCUUCAAAAACUACUGUAGAAAAUUGUGCCAAAGAUUCCGAAAAUUUGGAUAAAUCCUAAAAAUUACUUCUAGCCUCAAAUUUUGUGCUUAAAACGCUGAAAAUAAUGAAAAUUGCUGAAAAUCAACAAUUCCAGCAUUUUCAGCGCAAAAUUUCAGUCUAGAAAAAUAUUUUUUACAGUAAUCCUUUGAUCCAAAAUUUCGGAAUUUUUGGCACAAUUUUUUGCUUUUGAAAAGUUUCUAGUCUCAAAUUUUGUGCUGAAAAUGCUGGAAAUAUUCAAAAAUUGCUGAAAAUCAACAAUUCCAGCAUUUUCAGCGCAAAAUUUCAGUCUAGAAAAAUAUUUUUUACAGUAAUCCUUUGAUCCAAAAUUUCGGAAUUUUUGGCACAUUUUUUUGCUUUUGAAAAGUUUCUAGGCUCAAAUUUUGUGAUGAAUAUGUUGAAAAUAUUCAAAAAUUGUUGAAAAUAAUAAUUCCAGCAUUUUCAACGCGAAAUUCUGAUCUAGAAAAAUAUUUUUUACAGUAAUCCUUUGAUCCAAAAUUUCGGAAUUUUUGGCACAUUUUUUUGCUUUUGAAAAGUUUCUAGGCUCAAAUUUUGUGAUGAAUAUGUUGAAAAUAUUCAAAAAUUGUUGAAAAUAAUAAUUCCAGCAUUUUCAACGCGAAAUUCUGAUCUAGAAAAAUAUUUUUUACAGUAAUCCGUUUGAUCCAAAUUUUUGGAACUUUUGGCACAAUUUUCUACAGUAACUUUUUGAAAAGUAUCUAGGCUCAAAAUUUUGUGCUGAAAAAAAACGCUUUCAUUUAUUUUCAGCAAAAUUUGAGCCCAGAAACUCUUAAAAGGCUACUGUAGAAAAUUGUGCCAAAGAUUCCGAAAGUUUGGAUCAAGCCCAAAAAUUACAAAUUCACGUUUUCAGCGCGAAAAUGAAAGCGGAGAUGCAUCUCCUUUGACAUUAAUCGAUGAAGAAGCUGAACUUGAAGCUGAUGUUCUUCUCGAAACCCUUCAAGAUUUUAUUGAUCUACCAAAAAUUGAAAAAACUGAGGAAAAUCUGGAAGAAGAUGUCGAAGAGACUGAAAAUGAGGAAGAAAUUGAAGAAGACGGUGAAGAAGAAGAGGAACAAGUUACUGGAAGUGCAAGAAGAAAAAGGAAAAUCAGUCGCUUCAAUUUUCGCGGGAAAAAAUCGAAAAAACAAAAAGAAGUUGCGGCGGUCACCAGGAAUAUUUCAAUUCUAAUCGGAGGAACACAAUUCUGUCGGAAGAAGGUCAACGAAUUUUCGUAUUGUCAGAUUUGUAGUAAAUUGGUAGCUAAUAAAAUGCCAGAACAUGCUUAUAGUCAUAUGAAAGCGGAAUUAUUUCAAUGUCCAGUUUGUGAAGUUGUGAGUUUUGUGAAAUACACACUGUGAUAUUUUUAAAACUAGAAAAAAAAAGAUUAUUUUCAGGGCCAUCAAUGUCGAGAUAUGUUAACAAAACAUAUCAAAGACAUGCAUCCAACAAAUACUCAAAAAAUAAUCGAUAAUCGUCUGAUCCACGUGGCAGACAUCAAAAAAUCAAUCAAAGAAUGUUUUCCCGCAUUUUUCAUCGAUCAUCCUUUGCCAACCCGCGAAGAUUUAGAAAAACUUGGCGAAUCCACAAAAAAUCUGAUAGAUUUGAAAAAUUUUGGAAUUGAAAAAUAUCUGGAAAAUUGUGAGGAAUAA